AUCUCGAGACUGAAGUUGACAUCGACCAUUGGCUUUGGACAGAGUUUAUGAGACUGACAGUUUAUGAUGAUCAGCUGGUCAGUAGUGUAAACAAUGACGGUCCUGGGUAUCUCUAUCCUGUCCUCCUGGUGGUCCUGGGUCAGUUUUGGAUUUAUGGCCAUCUUGCUGUAUGUCAUCUUCAAAGUGACCUUGGCUUAUAUAGACUAUCGUACUUGGGCCCACUUCUACAAUAACCUCCCAGGGGACCCCUACCCCAGCAAACUCAUGGGGCACCUGCUGAUGUAUCCGGGUCCAAAUGAGGAGGGGCUUAAAUUCCAGAUGAAGCGCUGUGACAAAUACCCAAUGUUUCACUUACUGUGGAUAAGUUUUAGACCAGUGCUAAUUCUCCAUCAUCCAGAAACAGUCAAAGUGCUUCUGAAAUCUACAGAGCCAAAACCUCACCAAACAGGUACAGUGUAUAUCUUGGGUUUGGAUUGGUUGGGAGAAGGUUUACUCAUAGCUAAUGGACAGAAGUGGGCACGGAAUCGCAGGCUUCUUACCCCAGCAUUCCAUUUUGAUAUUUUACAGUCUUAUAUAGCCCUCAAAAACAAGGCUGCUUCCAUUCUAGUGGACAAGAUAGAUAAACAGGUGGAGGCAGGGAAGAGUUUUGAGAUGUUUUCUUUCAUUGGCUUGGCUUCUCUAGAUAUCAUUCUCCAGUGUGCAUUUUCCUUUGAGAGUAACUGCCAACAGUUAGGGGACACACAUCCUUAUGUCCAUGCAGUUAAUGUGCUGUCUGAUAUCUGGGUGGCAAGGUCUUUAAAACCUUGGUUUUACGCUGACUUUCUGUUCAACUUGUCACCCAGUGGCCGAGAGUUUAAGAAGAACUGUGAUUAUGUGCAUAAAGUGGCAGAGGACAUUAUUGAGAAAAGAAGGAGAAGUUUAAAAGAAGAUGGUCCAAAUCCAAAGUCUCGUCACCUUGACUUUCUGGACAUUUUAUUGACAGCAAAAGAUGAAAAUGACAAGGGACUGACUUCACUAGAAAUUAGGAAUGAGGUGGACACGUUCUUGUUUGAAGGCCAUGAUACAACAACAAGUGGCAUGUGCUGGACUCUGUAUUUGCUGGCCAAACAUCCUGAGCACCAGGAUCUCUGUCAGCGGGAGAUUGACGAUCUUCUGAAGGGGCGAGACAAUGAGGAUUUAGAAUGGGCUGACCUAUCUAAGCUUAAUUACCUCACUCAGUGUAUAAAGGAAAGCAUGCGGCUCUACCCCCCAGUGACCUUCAUACAGCGGGUCACAACCAAGGAAACAGUGCUAGAUGGCCAUCCCAUUCCUAAAGGUACAACGAUUGGAAUUCAAAUCUAUAACCUCCAUCAUAACAAGGCAGUAUGGGAAGACCCCUAUGAAUACCGCCCCCACAGGUUCUCCCCAGACAAUGAAAAGAAUGAUAGUUUUGCUUUCGUACCUUUUUCUGCAGGCCCCAGAAAUUGUAUUGGACAACAUUUUGCAAUGAAUGAAAUGAAAAUCAUUCUUGUUCAUAUUUUACGAAGAUAUGAGUUAAGUUUGGAUCCAGAUCAUGAGGUUGACAUUAAGAUUGGGGUUGUGCUACGAACAAAGAAUGGAAUAAAAGUCCAAGCAAAGAGGAGGAAUGUUUAAAGGUCAGAGGCUGGUAUUCAUAAUGUUCGAUGACAUGGAAAUGCGUCUCUUCACCAAAGAAGACUUGUAGUGGUACUUAAUCACAACAAACAAUAGCUAUUAUUUACACCAUACAUGUUAUCAAUCUUCCCUUCCGGUAAAUUCAUGUAUUAUUACUGUAUUGGGCUUUUGUUCACUUUAUUUAUUUCUCUUCCUUGCCCAGUUGGGAGUGUUUAAAGUUAAGCCAAUAUUUAUUAUGUUUUCAGUGUUGCAUGUACUGAUCUUACUCAUAUGAUUUUUUUUCAAUGUUUGUUUAAUUUAUAACUUUAUUGAGAGAGGUUAUAUUGUAUACAGUGCUAUUUUCGCCCCGUUUUAUUUUCGCUCUUUUACACUUGCAAGCAAUUUGCCCCAUUUUAAAUUCACCCAGUCACAGAUCUGUUUAAGAAAUUAUACAGUGUUCUUUGAAUUCGCCUCGUUUUAAAUUCGCCCACCUGUGAGUAGGGCGAAAGGGGCGAAAAUAAAAUGGGGGCAAAAAUUUCCCUGUGUACAGUAUUUAUGUUGCAAUUUGUUUUCAAUUGAAAUUACUUGAAUUAAUGACCUAACACUAAGUAAGAAAAUGACAAUCCAUAUCAUUUCAGUUCCAUUCCAUUGUUAUGUACAAUGUGUACCUCCGGUAAUAGCUAGUCUACAGACAAAGUUCAUUCCAUUAUUUAUUGAUACAAAUACGCAGUGAUAUUUUUGUGCAAUUUUUAAGUAAUAUUCCAUGAUUGAUUUUUCCUGAAAAUAUUUAUGAGAUUUACAAUUAUUUUAAAGUUUAUAAUCAUGUAUUUUUGUGCAUUACUCAACUAUUUGUCAUUGGAUUAGAGAUACAUAUAUACUGUCUUAGCUCAUUUUAUUUGAGAUUUACAAUAAGUAAAACUGGAUAAACAUCUUUAUUAUAUACCCAACUGUUUGUCACUCAGUUUUACUGUUGAAUUUACGCAAUCACACUGUGGUUUUCUGAAUCCAUAUCACCCCUCUCUGAAACUGAUGACGUAGUACACAGAUAAAUGACGUUUUUAUUCUCGCGCAUCAAAAAGUUCCUUGACAAAAUGGUUUGUUUAGUGGAUAAAAGUUAUGUAAUUGAUCCAAAAAGUUUUUUCUUUUAUCAUAUUUUGCUAGUUGUUAAGGGGUAUCGUUUGAUCUGAUGAUCCGCGCCUGUCAACUUGACGUGAUACGGCUCUUCGGAUCA